AUGAACCUGCUUGUUCUCCGCGAGGUGCGCCCAAGGUUGUCUUCUUCUUCUCCGCGAACAGGUAGACUUGUAGGCAGAGAUAGACUUGAUGACCAGGAUGCUGCUGAUGUUCCCGAGAGGCGUAGGCCUACUGCCUUAGCCCGUAGGCUACGGGUUCAUCAGAUGACUGCGGAGGGACGUGAUAUGGUUGAGGACGUUGCUGACAUGACUGGCGAUGUCCCUGAGCUGGCUACGGAGGCACCUGAGAUGCGUGCGGACGUACAGGGUGCUGAUGGUGGUGAGGAGUCAGAUGGUGAUGAUGCUGCUGAGGGAUUCCCUGGUGGGCCACGUGACCCUUCAGUGCUCACAUCAUUUGCCGAUUUCCAUGCUCUUUCUACGGAGGAUGCCAGAUUUUUGCUGACAGAGUUGCUUGAGGUGUCUGCCGAGGAGGCCAAAGCCGAGACAACACUGACACGUAGGGCAUAUAGUGCAACAUACGUGCAUGUGGUUCACCUUGAUGCUUUUCGGGACCUCACUAAGAGUGGUGGUUAUGCUUGGGGAGUUGCCGCACUGGUUCAUAUGUAUGACCAGUUAGAUGAGGCUUGUAGGACCACCACCCGACAGCUUGCGAGGUACUUGACGCUACUACAGUGCUGGAUCUAUGAACACUUCCCUAGUGUGCACCAGUGCGUGACAGAUGAUACAUACCAGGAGACGUCCCCACGUGCUUCCCGGUGGUUGACGUUGAAGGCGAACAUGAAGGGAAUCACAGGAGCACCUUACAGGGCACGUUGUGAUGGUUUGAUCGUCCCAGAUGUGUCCUAG